UUCAAAUCUCCCUCUCCCUCUCUCUCAUUUGAAUCUCUGCUGUUCUUGCUACUAACCAAUUUAAUUUGGUUUUGUUUUGUCUAAUAAUCUGUAUUUUUGCAGGGUUUUUGUUUUGUACUUUAUUUCUUUUGUGUUAUUUUCCAUAUUGUUUUUUGUUCUUUUUUUCUUCAGGUAACAAUGAAUGCAGGAUCUUUGAAUUCUUCAGGAACCAUCAAAACACGAUCACACUAUCCUCUUCAGGAGCAAUUUAUUCAGAGAAAGAGUUCCAAGGAAAAUUUGGACAGAUUUAUACCUAAUCGAUCGGCAAUGGACUUUGAUUAUGCUCAUUACAUGGUUACUGAGGGGAAUAAAGGUAAGGAAAACCCAGUUCUGAGCUCCCCAUCCAGAGAAAUUUACAGGAAGCAGCUUGCAGAAUCCUUAAACAUGAACCGGACCCGAAUUCUUGCUUUCAAGAACAAGCCACCUACACCAGUAGACUCAAUUCCUCAUCAGAUUUCUACUCAUAAUCAGGAUACUAAACCAGCCAAGUCCCGGCGAUUUAUUCCUCAGACUUCUGAGAGGACUUUGGAUGCCCCGGAUCUUGUUGAUGACUAUUAUCUCAAUUUACUGGACUGGGGAAGUAACAAUGUUCUUGCAAUUGCACUUGGAAGCUCAGUGUACUUGUGGGAUGCUACAAACCGUUCUACUUCAGAACUUGUUACAGUUGAUGAUGAAAAUGGUCCUGUCACAUCCAUUAGCUGGGCACCUGAUGGACAACAUAUAGCUGUUGGUUUGAACAACUCUGAAGUCCAACUAUGGGAUACAACUUCAAAUAGACAGUUGAGAACUUUGAAAGGUGGGCACAGGCAGCGAGUUGGGUCAUUGGCAUGGAACAACCACAUACUCACAACUGGAGGGAUGGAUGGUAGAAUUGUGAACAACGAUGUAAGAAUCAGAUCUCAUAUUGUUGAAACCUACAGAGGGCAUGAGCAAGAGGUCUGUGGCCUGAAAUGGUCAGCUUCAGGUUCACAAUUAGCCAGUGGAGGGAAUGACAAUCUUCUUUAUAUCUGGGACAGAGCUACAGCAUCUUCUAAUUCAUCAACACAGUGGCUUCACAGGCUUGACGAUCACACAUCUUCUGUAAAAGCCCUUGCUUGGUGCCCCUUCCAAGGGAAUUUGCUAGCUUCUGGCGGAGGCAGCAGCGAUAGGUGCAUCAAGUUUUGGAACACUCACACAGGUGCAUGCUUGAACUCAAUUGACACUGGGUCUCAGGUAUGUUCCCUGCUGUGGAACAAGAACGAGAGGGAGUUGCUCAGCUCUCAUGGUUUUACACAGAAUCAGUUAACACUUUGGAAGUAUCCUUCAAUGGUCAAGAUGGCAGAACUCACUGGUCAUACUUCCAGAGUUAUUUUCAUGGCCCAGAGUCCAGAUGGUUGCACAGUGGCAUCAGCAGCAGCGGAUGAAACAUUGAGGUUUUGGAAUGUGUUUGGAGCACCAGCAGCAGCAACUAAAGCUGCACCAAAAGCUAGAACUGAGCCAUUUUCAAAUGUGAAUCGUAUUAGAUAGGCAAACAAUAUUUGUUCCACGGCAAGCACAAAACAGAUUGAUAGAUAGCAGCUGCAAAUACAUCAUUGGAACAGAGAGAGAGACAUUGAUGUACAUUGUUGUAACAUAUUAGCAAUGGAAAAAACAACACUUUUCCCGUGGACGUAGUCACACUCUCGUGACGAACCACGUACAUCG